UCCCAGGAGGCUUGGUGAGCAGGGGUUGGGAGCCGCCCCUUCAGGACCUUGGAACUAUUGUUCAGGCAAAGGGCACCUGCCCUCCAAUCCUCACCCUGCCCUGGGGAGACAGCUGGGACCAUCCUGAGAUGGGGACCACACCUGCCACCUCCCUUCGGGGGCAAUAAGGCUUAAAGUCAGAGGACAGGGCCAGGGGCAGGGUGUGGCCACCUCGGGCUUGGGAGGGACAUGGAGUCUUUUACAGCAGGGAGCAAAUCCUCCCCUGAUUUAAGCCCAAGCAGCCUGUACGGAGCUGAUACCUUGGUGUCCCAGCCUUGCUCCAGGCCCGGCCUCCUGAGGGUCCCGGCCCUCCGCCCCACUGCACAGGAUGCAGGGCGGCUGGGUGCUGCUGCUGCUGGGCCUGCGGCUGCCGCUCUCCCUUGGCUUCAUCCCAGUUGAGGAGGAAGACCCAGCCUUCUGGAACCGCCAGGCAGCCCAGGCCCUGGAUGUCGCCAAGAAGCUGCAACCCACCCAGACGCCAGCCAAGAACCUCAUUCUCUUCCUGGGGGAUGGGAUGGGGGUGUCCACGGUGACCGCCACUCGGAUCCUAAAGGGGCAGAUGAAUGGCAAGCCGGGACCUGAGACGCCCCUGGCCAUGGACCGAUUCCCGUACCUGGCUCUGUCCAAGACAUACAACGUGGACAGACAGGUGCCAGACAGCGCAGGCACGGCCACCGCCUUCCUCUGCGGGGUCAAGGCCAAUAUGAAGACGAUCGGGGUAAGCGCCGCAGCCCACUAUAACCAGUGCAACACGACCCACGGCAACGAGGUCAUCUCCGUGAUGAACCGGGCCAAGAAAGCAGGAAAGUCGGUGGGAGUGGUGACCACCACGAGGGUGCAGCAUGCCUCGCCGGCUGGUACCUAUGCACACACAGUGAACAGAAAUUGGUACUCCGAUGCCGACUUGCCUGCGGAGGCGAAGAAGAACGGCUGCCAGGACAUCUCCACGCAGCUCGUCUACAACAUGGACAUCGAUGUGAUCCUGGGUGGAGGCCGCAAGUACAUGUUUCCUGAGGGGACCCCGGACCCUGAAUACCCAGACGAUGCCAGUCAGAACGGAGUCCGGGAGGACAAGCGGAACCUGGUACAGGAGUGGCAGGCCAAGCACCAGGGAGCCCGGUAUGUGUGGAACCGCACCGCGCUCAUUCAGGCGUCCCAGGACCCCAGCGUAACACACCUCAUGGGUAAAGACCCCCCACCCCCACUGGCGCCCCCCAGGUCCUCAGAUGGCCAAGCAUGGGCCCUGGACCUCCGUUCCACUCCCCAGCUUCUGGUCACCUCUGGUCCCCCUCCCACAGGCCUUUUUGAGCCAGGAGACAUGAGAUAUGAAAUGGAACGAGACCUCAGCAGGGACCCCUCCCUGGUGGAGAUGACGGAGGUGGCCCUGCGGGUGCUGGGCAGGAACCCCCGUGGCUUCUUCCUCUUCGUGGAGGGAGGCCGCAUUGAUCACGGACACCACGAGGGCAUAGCCUACAGGGCGCUGAGCGAGGCCGUCGUGUUUGACACCGCCAUCGACAAGGCUGGCCAGCUCACUAGCGAAGAGGACACACUGACCCUGGUCACGGCCGACCACUCUCAUGUCUUCACCUAUGGUGGCUACCCGCUGCGUGGAAGCUCCGUUUUUGGGCUGGCCGAUGGCAAAGCCCAUGAUGGCAAGGCCUACACCUCCAUCCUUUAUGGCAAUGGCCCGGGAUACCAGCUCAGCCAAGGCGCAAGGCCUGAUGUUGAUGAAACCAAGAGCAGGGACCCCGCAUACCGGCAGCAGGCGGCCGUGCCCCUGGGUGGCGAGACCCACGGCGGCGAGGACGUGGCGGUGUUCGCGCGCGGCCCCCGGGCGCACCUGGUACACGGCGUGCAGGAGCAGAGCUUCGUGGCGCACGUGAUGGCCUUCGCAGCCUGCCUGGAGCCCUACAGCAGCGACUGCGACUUGCAGCCCCCGUCUGGCCCCACCGCCGCCGGGCACCCCGGGCCGGCCGCCUGCGCCCCGCUGCUGGCACUGCUGGCGGGGGCGCUGCUGCUGCUGCUGCUGCUGGCGCCCACCCUGCACUGACCCCAGCCACCCCCCCCACCACGGGUCUUUCUUCCCUGCCUGGAAGUCUCAAUGCACCUGGACCACCCUGGAGGCUGAAGCUGUCUCUGUCUUGUGAUACACAUGGACUUUUUCCAAGCACCCAAUCUUGAUGGCCUGGGAUUUUGUGCUCAGGGACUCCAGAAAAAGAGGGGCCCCCCAGUGUCUUCCUGCCUCCAUCAUAGUCCUGCUUGAGUUUCAAGGACCUGAGCAGACCCGGGGCCAUGCUUUUCCAGGAGUCCAGAGGACAUGGGGGUGCCUGGAGGGGCUUCUUGGAGGGCGGGUCUUCCUGUCCACCAGGAAGGGACUCCAGAAGCACCUUGCUGGCCAGGGAGGCUGCUGGGGUCAGGACACCCAGGAGGCCUCAGCUCCCCGCCCCCCCCCCCACCCCAGGAACCCAGAGUGACCAUUCCAGAGAGGAGAUGGCGACACAGAAAGAGGAGACCUGUCCCAACUCCCUCAGCCUCUGUGGUGGCCCCCCAGUGCCCAUUUCAGGCUGGGAGAGCCAGGGAGCAGCCAGGAAGGCUGAGGGUCCCUUCUGGGAGGGACAGAGCAGUUGUCAAAUAAACAGUGCGUGAGAGUGCAUAAACAGUGCAUAAACAGUGCAUAAACAGUGCAUAAGAGUGCAUAAACAGUGCAUAAGAGUGCGUGGGGGCGCA